AUGUCAUUCGAAACCAUUGACAAACUCAAUCGUGAUUUUGAGCAUAAUUUUAAUAAUGGUCAAAUAAGUGAAGCUGUUGGUAGCUAUGCUGAUGAUGCUCGACUAUUUGCUCCGGACAAUCAAGUUUAUCAAGGUGCAGAUCAAAUUAAAAAAUAUUAUUCGGAAACGAGAAAAGUCGGAAAUACACACGUUGAUUUACAAACUAAACAAGUUAUUCAGUGUGAUUCAAACUAUCUUAUUGAAAUAAGUUCUUACAAAGUAAAUGCCGAGGCAGGAAAUUAUGUUGUCAUCUGGAGAAAAGAUGGUCAAGCUUGGAAAAAAAUCAUCGACAUAUUCAAUUGA